AUGCUCUACAGUAACACUGCUCGCCGCUAUACAAACACCAUGUUCCUACAACUGCAGCUAUCGCAAUCCUUUUUUUAUAUCCAAGUUAUUAUUAUCCUCUCGUUAUUAGUAUCUUCAACAGAACCGCUAUCUUCACUGCAAACAAGACAGGGCCAAGUUAACAAUCCUUUGGCUGAUCAACAUCUGAACGUCCUUUGGGCUCGACGUGGAGGAGAGUACAACAGUUCAUAUGUCGGGCCGAAGAAAGGAGGCCUUAUGGUAGAAUACUUGGCUAGGCGAUUCAAGUUCACGUACUCGUUUCUCAAGGUGAACGAGAUUUAUUUGUACGCUGUAGGGAAAGCAAAACGGGGAUUAGUUGACUACUUACUCGAAGGGCAAUGCGACCUUAUCGUCCACGACGUUAUACUGACCACAGAAAAUUACAAGAAAAUGGAACUGACACUACCUUGGCAUCGUUCGAUUAUUGUUUUCAUGGUUCCAGUUCCGCUCAUCACGACCAAUCUCAAUGCUGUCAUAAAGCCCUUUCAAUGGCCGGUUUGGACGGGAAUAGGAGUAUCAGUGAUAGCAAUCAUCUUUUUCUUGAAACUAACCGAUCGUUCACCUUUGGCCACGUCUGAAACCUCGGACAUCUCUCCUUUACCAGAACAAAAAGCAGUAACUGGGAGGUCAGACGAGGUUUGCGACCGUAAGAGCAGCGUGCAAACUAAGAAAGAGCAAUGGAAUAUGUAUCUGUACGUGUUCGGAAUGCUUCUUUCUCAAGGGGGAAGUUGCAUCCGGAAACACUUGUCAUCUCGUUUGGUAGCCGGAGUUUGGAGUUUGGCCACGUUUAUCUUUGUCCAAGCGUACACGUCAACUCUGUUUACUUACAUCGUCAUGCCUAGUACAGAGCCAUUAUUGGUCGAUUCGGUCUAUGACGUAGUAAGCAAACCACACAUUCACUUGGUUAUUGAAAGUGGACGCGGCUUCGAAAGCACUAUAAUGAACACGCAAGAGAAAACGGGAAUAUUCAAGCAGUUGCGUGACAAGCUAAUGGCCUUCCCGAAAACGCGCUGCUACGGGGCAUCCGACUGUGUAGCUUUGGUCAAAGACGGACCAAACGUCGUCCAUGGCAAUGCAUUUCUAUACGUAGCGGACUACAUGAUAAACGAUUUCAAACUUACAGGACAAUGUAACUUUCAAGUGGCAAGAGAGUCCUUUUGGCCAAUCAUAGUCGGUUUUGGAUUACGAAAGGGAAGUCGUUAUCUUGAGCCCAUCAACAAAGGAAAAGCUAACGUCUUGUCCCAUGUUAAACAUUUUCUUUUGAUACUUGUGGUAGUGAUAGCAAUACGAUGCGUACUUGCUGAAGCGAAACGUUCAAUUAGAAAUCCUCUAAACGGCCAACACGUAAGACUUAUCGCGAACGUGCUGAUACUGGAAAACGAAGUGAAUAUUAAUAACGUAUCUGGAGCUUUGGAAGGCAUGAAAGGAGUGUCUUAUCACAUGAUGGAUUACUUGACGCACCGCUUCAAUUUUACGUAUUCAAUCAUACAGGGAAUACAAACAACAAGCGUGCAGUCGAAAGGUCAAGGAGAUCGCGGCCUCAUCGAUUGGGUCAUUGACGGCACAGCUGAGCUUAUGGUGGGUCCCCUCAUUAUAAACCACGGCCGCUACAGAUUGGCGGACCUGACAUUGCCCUGGUAUCAAUCGUAUGGUUACCUCCUUAUUCCCAAACCGCAAGCUCAAGCCAAUCUCACGUCCGUUAUGAAACCAUUUCAAUGGCCAGUUUGGAUCGCAUUGCUGGUAUCUAUCGCUGUCGUCAUUGUUUCAAUGUACUUUGUCAGCCAUUUUCGAUGGUCGAUCGUGUCUUCUUUUGGCCAUCGGACAUUUUCCAGACGACAGAAAAUAAUAUUUAAAAAAUCGCGCACUACAUCGACGACCAUAUCAUAUCUAUACGUUGUCAGCGUACUUCUUUCGCAAGGCGAGAACGAUUUAACACAAUGUGGACCGUGCUCAUCGCAAAAACUAGCUGUUCGAGUAUUGGCUGCUGCAUGGUGUUUAGCAGCGGCAGUACUCGUCAACAGCUAUAGUUCUGUACUUAUCACUUAUAUUCUCGCUCCCAACAACCCGCCACUUGUUACCUCAGCCUAUGACCUCGCCCAGAAAGAUGACGUUCAUUUAAUUGUGGACAAAGGAAGAGGUGUCGAUAUUUUCAUUACGGUAAAUUUUUUAGAACGAUACGAUAAAAGAAUUUAA